AUGUUAUAUGGGGCAGAGUGUUGGGCGGUUAAGAAGACUCAUGUGCGUCGUCUGCAUGCGGCGGAGAUGCGGAUGUUACGAUGGAUGUGCGGGAAGACAAGGUUGGAUAGGAUUUCGAAUGAGGUUAUCCGACGUCAAGUAGGUAUGGCACCGGUGGAAGACAAGUUGCGGGAAGCGAGGUUGAGGUGGUUUGGCCAUGUGAGACGGCGGGAUGCUGACGCCCCUGUGGAGCCGGGGGUCUCUUGGAAACAGCCUCCCUACUUUCGAGUAGGGGCAAGAUAUGCAAUGGAUUUUGACUAUGCACAUUUUAUGGUGACCGAAGGAUGUAAAGCUAAAGAGAUUCCGGCCAGUUCACCUUCAAGAGAAGCAUACCGAAAGCAGCUUGCGGAGAUCUUUAACAUGAACCGGAGGAUCCUUGCUUUUAAGAACAAACCACCCAUCCGCCCCCCCUUUGGAUGGUUUUCUGAAUGAGAACUCUUCCGCUUACCUGGCCAAACCUACAAAACCCCGUCGCCACAUUCCUCAGGUAGGCAAGUAGUGCUUGAUUGUUCUUGAGGUUAGCGGGUCAAUGAUAGAAAGGAUUCUUUUUUUCUCACAAUGAAUGAUU